AUGUCGCGUCCAGAAUUUACCGGUCCUCCGGAAUUGUAUUACAAUGAUGCUCAAGCUGCUAAAUACUCACAAAAUUCACAUAUUAUUGAAAUUCAAACGCGUAUGACGGAACGAGCUAUCGAAUUGCUUGCUCUUCCGGAUAAUAAUGUUCCAAAGUUGUUGCUGGACAUUGGAUGUGGUUCCGGAUUGAGUGGAGAAGUUGUCACAAAAAUGGGUCAUAACUGGAUUGGCGUGGAUAUUAGUGAAGCAAUGUUAAAAGUUGCCGUUGAUGAUCGAGAAGUCGAUGGUGAUGUUGUGUUGAAAGAUAUGGGCGAUGGUUUGCCUUUUAGAGCGGGUAUAUUUGAUGGUGCAAUAAGCAUAUCUGCAAUUCAGUGGCUUUGUCAUGCAAACACUCGAGAACAGAGCCCACAAAAGCGGUUACUUCAUUUCUUCCAGUCAUUAUACGCUUGCAUGAGUCGCGGUACCCGUGCUGUAUUCCAGUUUUAUCCUGAAACCGUUAGUCAAACUGAACUUAUAACAACUCAGGCAACAAAAGCAGGCUUUACUGGAGGCGUUGUUAUUGAUUUUCCUAAUAGCGCCAAAGCCAAAAAAGUUUAUUUGGUGUUGAUGGUUGGUGGUAUACAACAGCUGCCAAAAGCAUUAACUGAAGAGGAAGAAGUGGAUCAAGUUUUAAACAUUGGAAGGAGAUCAAGAAAAAAUGAUAAACGAGAUAGACGAAAAUUACUUAAACGUUCAAGAGAAUGGAUAGAGGCUAAAAAAGAUCGUGCCCGAAAGCACGGAAAAGAUGUUUGUGCGUCUUCGAAAUAUACAGGUCGGAAAAGGAGACGUUUCACAUAA